AUGAAGCGGGCUCGGGCCGAAGGAGACGCAGACAAAGCCCACCGCCAGUACAAACACCUGAAAGGCGCCCAACUUCCUGCCGAGAUCCAAGCAAAACCGCAGAUUAUGAAGCGCAUCGACGAGUUUGCCAUGUCAACCGAAGCUGCGGCUCUGCAGGCUGCCGCCGCUAACGACAUCGACUGGCUGCGCAAGCUCCUACCCCACCUCCGUCACAAGAUGGCCGACGUGGCGCGUGCAAUCAUCAAAACUGCAGCAACGCAUGGAUUUUGGGAAGUUUUCAACCUUGUGGAUACCUGGUGGGCGCCUGAGGACGAGGAAGGAAAGGAGGAAAAGUUCAGGACUGGAUGCGGCGACUCGCUGGCCAAGGCGAUCGAAGGCGGCCACCUCGCAAUUACUCGCGAUCUUCUGGAAGGCUAUGAUUGCGACUACUCCGCCGGACUUGACUUGGCUCUGAAGUUGGGAAGGGACCACGCUGCUGCGGAGAUUUAUCAGUCCGUUGACGACCCAUACAUGGUCGGUCAUCUUCGAUGGGCUGCCAGGCACGGAAGUAUGCGAGUGCUCAAGGACGUGUACGAUGCUUGUUGGGAGGAGAGCCUUCCUGAGGCAAUGGGUAUUGCAGCUUCCCACGGACAUUUCGAGAUCGUCAAGUUUUUAUUCGAGAAAUGCAGACACCAACUGCUCGAAGUCGAGAAUGAUCGUGACGUUUAUAAAAGACCACUUGCAUGUGCGAUCAUGCAUGGCCAAGUGGAGAUCGCGAAGUAUUUGUACGCAAACGGCGGAUAUGCAGAUUACCCCCUUGAUGAGUUGAAGGUGGUUGUGGCUGCUCGUGGGCCACUGGAACUUGUCGAACUAUUCCACAAGGACGGGAGGCGUUCGAAUAUGCUGCUGACUUUCAUGAAUGCGGCAAUUAAUGGCAAGAUCGACGCCAUGGAGUAUCUGUAG